AUGAGUGAUAAUAAGACCUCUCAGAGGCAAGAGGACACAUACAUCCUCGUCACUGGCGCUAACAGUGGCCUCGGAUUCUCAAUAUGCUGCCGACUAGCCGAUGAAUUUCUCUCCUUACACCCAGAGACUGGCCUUCUUCAUAUCAUUUUUACAACCCGAAGCUCUCGAAAAGCAGAGGAUACUCGCCGUCGGCUAGAGAAGCACCUCAGGGGAUCAGCGCCCUCCGCUACUUCUCGCGUGCGUUUCGUCUCCGAGAGCGUGGACCUUUCAAAGCUCGUCUCUGUGCGCGCGCUUUCCCGCAGACUCUUACAAUCAACUCCAAAGCUUGACGCUGUUGUUCUCAAUGCCGGUAUCGGUGGCUGGUCGGGCAUUUCCUGGCCCGAUGCAAUCUGGGGCGUAUGCACCGAUCUUAUCCAGCAGGUGACAUGGCCGACCUACAAGCUCUCCCCCAUAGGCGUGUUGUCAGAAAAGCAAACGGACUUGCAGGAAGAACCUCCUCUCGGGAUGGUCUUCUGUGCCAAUGUCUUUGGACACUACAUGCUGGCGCAUAAUGUUGCGCCACUGUUGAAGCGGGCCCGUACGAAUGGGCCUGGGCGCGUGAUUUGGGUGUCAAGUAUUGAGGCAACGAUUAAGGCUUUCGAUGUCAAUGAUAUCCAGGGACUGCGUUCUGCUCUACCUUAUGAGUCGUCAAAGGCUCUCACAGAUAUCCUGGCUCUGACCUCGAAUCUGCCCAGCACAGCUCCGUGGGCGGUAGAUAGCUUCCUGCAUUCUGACGAAGACAAGGAGUCAGAACCACCGGGUAUCUACGUCUCUCACCCAGGUAUAUGUGCUACGGCUAUCAUCCCAUUGGCCCUGCCUCUUAUCUGGGCAAUGGUCAUUACAUUUUGGGGGGCGCGUAUGCUAGGUUCGCCCUGGCAUACACUAUCAACCUACGUCGGCGCCUGUUCUUCCGUCUUUCUGGCCUUGACGACAAAGGACGAGCUUGAUGCUGCUGAGGCACCUUAUCACCAAGCUGGCGGGGGAAGAGCGAAAUGGGGCUCUUCUGCAGACCGGCUUGGUGCUGCUCAUACAUUGAGUACCGAAGUCGAGGGAUGGGGUUACGGUGGUGUAGUUGGAACCCCAACUGUCGAGGCUGACCGGUUACGACGCCGUAAACGCGGCGCCAAGGAUUUGACCAGCGAAGGCAAGGAGCAGUUUGAGGAAUUAGGUCGUCAGUGCUGGAAGCAAAUGGAGGAUUUGCGAAUAAAGUGGGAUGCUAUUUUAGACCAAGCUGAAAACGGCAGUGAAUGA